CUUCGGUUUAGUCCUUGCACUCGAACAUCAGUAUCUGCCUGUGACGGAGCCUUCUAUUGCGUAGUGCAUGACAUUCUGUACUACCAUCACAUCAAAAAGUGGCGUCUACAGCCAGAAUAGUCGUCUCUGUGCAAUACAUAGAGUCACGCUCCAAGGACAGACAUGAGUGGCGGAGCUGGUUUCACUGAAGUCGUUACACGCCGGUGAAUGCGGCAUGCACCUCUUGGGAGGUGAGGUCAGCGCGUACAGACAAACAGCAACGAGAUGCCGCACGCAGUCGAUCCUGUCAUGAUGGAAGACGGCGAUGAGACCGAGGCGGCGCAGCGGUACCUGAACGAGCAAGGUGGCUUGGAGGCAGGAUUGCAGGAUUUCUUCGACCGUCAGAUCGAUCAGAGCAACAAGCACGCAGACGCUCAAGACUUUGAAGAUAUCGGUAGUGACGAUGACUUGCCAGACGAGGAGGAUGCGAGCCACAUGCCAGGCGAUGACGAGGAUGGCGGGCUUGACGGCUUCCUGGGUGACAAUGCGAACGGCGCAACCUACAGUAACGGCCAUCAUACCUCCCAUGAGCCACAUGACGAUGAGAUUAAUGAGCUUUUCGGUGACCGUGGCUCAUCACCGGAGCAGUAUCGGCAGCAUGCUCUCCCUCAGCAACAGCCCCGACCGGGUGGGCUUGCUCUGCCUAGCAAGUCUGGCCUGGCUCUGCCUCAGAUCCGGCAACAGCAGCAGUCAUACUCGCGGCCACCACAGCCAACGUACUCGUCCAUGAGCCCACCGUCGUUCGCCAGUGACACUUACUCUCCGGCCGCUUCGGACAGCAUGCUUAUAACCCAAGAGGAAGAGGAGGAGGACGACGCCGACAUGGAUGAAGAAACGAGAAUGCAACGCAUGCUGUUCUCGCAAAGUAAGCGGCGCCAGGCUGGACAAGCUGUUGCAGAGGAGCGCCAAGACGUGAAUCCUGAGGAGUUUUGGGAGUUCUUCCCACGGUAUGAGGCAGAUUUUGCGCCUCGCUUUCUCGAUCUGUUCCCACAGCGGCCAGUGCAGUAUCGUGGGAAGGUUCCAGCAAAGCCGCCAAGGCCGGUUCAGCCUACAAAGUUGUCGCUUGAUGUCCUGCCAGACCAAGAGAAGAGCUUCAAGAGCUUGGCGGGUGCAAACCGCGCUGGUCAAGAUCCAGGACUCGCUACAAACCUGGUGACUGUUCACAGUGGCUUAACUGAGGAUGAAGGGAGCGACGACGACAUGGCCUUCAGCGACGUGGAUGAGAAGGCAGUAGUUGGUGGCAAAAGUUUAGCUGACCUCGCAGUAAUCUGUCAAAGCUGGGACACGCCAAGCAUUGACUCUACGUCUUCUCUCGGAGAUGGAGAUAGUCUGCUAGACGGUGAAUGGCAGGCUGAAGAGCACGCCCGCCCGACAAAGAAGCAGAAGAUGGAUGGUACCGCUUUCGACCUGUCAGUGCAAAUCGACAUCCCGCAAGCUGCAUUCGAAGACCCAGAGCAUGUAGCUGCAAAGCUUGCCAAGCGAGUCACGCUGGACCUGAAUGAUUCUAAUUUGCUCAUCGACGAACAUGCUCCCCAACCAGCUCGCAGAAUGAAGCGUGUACCGGGCGAUCUGCACCAAGACCAGGCCUUGAGUCGUGAUCUCGUCCGGCGCUACAACGUUAGCAACGAUGAGGCCUACGAUCUGCUUAAGGAGAACCACCAGCACAAAAUCCGCAAUACACUUGGCACCACUGCACUGGAGCACAGCCUGCCGGCGAAGAAAUUACAGUUUCCGUUCUACAAAAUCAUCUUGGACGCGAAGGCGAAGCGCUCGUUUCAUCGUCCUGCGCUCAGUCUCAAAGACUGGGAGAUUCGACCGCAGCAAAAGGAGUUCCGUUUCGGCAAGCUCAAGAAAGUUAAGAACAAGGAGCGCAAGGGCCAGGAAAUUAAGGACCUGUUCUCGACCGCCGACAGCUUGUCACUCAACGAUAACUCCAAAUUGCUACUUCUCGAGUACUCUGAAGAAGCUCCCAUGAUGAUGUCUAAUUUUGGCAUGGGCAAUCGGCUGGUCAACUAUUACCGAAAGCGCAAUGCCGACGAUCAAGAGCGCCCAAAACGUGAUAUUGGCGAGACGCACGUCCUCCUUACCCAGGACAAGAGCCCAUUUGCCAACUUCGGCCACGUGGACCAAGGUGAGACCGUCCCAACGUUGCAGAACGGUCUGUACAGAGCGCCAGUGUUUCAACACCAGACAAGGCCCACGGACUUCUUCAUUGCGGUCAGCACUACUCACCAGUACGGCACGCGCAUGUGGCUGCGAAACAUGGAGAAUUUGCAUACUGUGGGUCAGCAGUUACCGAUGGCUGAGGUCCCAACCGCGCACUCUAGGAAAGUGACAGAAGCCGCCAAAAAGAGGCUAAGGACUUUGGCCUACCGCGUGUACCUGAAGAGCCAAGAUCCUACACGCCGUGAUAAGACUUUGGACAACAUCACGAUCAUGAAGCAUUUGAAGGGGCAUGAUAUGCCGCAGACCAGGAGUAAGAUGCGCGAAUUUAUGACUUAUCAGCGAAAUGCGAAUCGCGAGGGCGGCGUAUGGGUUCCGCCUGCCGGUACGGCGGUGCCGGAUCUCGAAACUCUGCGUGGCGAAAUCAAGCCUGAGGAAGUCUGCUUGCUUGACUCGAUGCAGGCCGGCGUACAGCGAUUGAAUGACCUUGGCAUCAACCAGAAGGGGGAGACCGAGAAAGAUGAUGAAAAGGAGAUCGAUGAGAAUGCCGACAUUGAGAAGCAUCUUGCACCGUGGCGUGCGACGAAGACAUUCCUCCAAGCAACGCAAGGCAAGGCCAUGCUUAAGCUGCAUGGUGACGGUGAUCCAACCGGUCGUGGCGAGGCGUUCAGCUUCGUGAAGAUCAACAUGAAAGGAGGCUUCCAACCGCUUGGUGAGAGCGUCGAAGACAAGCUUGACGCGAAGAGGCGCCGUGAGAACGGCGGGCAUACCUACAACGUUGCCAAGCAGCAGAAGGCGUACGACGGCUACAUUCGCAUGAUCUGGGAGAAGCAGAAGAACAGCUUGUCAAGUAACAUCGAGAUCUCGGACGUUGACAUGGACGAUGACCCGGAAGCGGAGGCGGAGAGUGCGCAAGCUUACGGUCGAUCUGGCACGCCCCGUUCGUCUUUUCCCGGCACUCCCGCGUACGGCCGCCGAGGAGAUGACGAGACUGGUACCCAGUUUAGCAGACAGAGUGCCGGUCGCGACGGCAAGAGCGUGCUGGUCAUCAAUCGGGUCGGUGCCAGGGAUGCUUACGGCCAGGAGAUGAGUGAGCCUGUCGAGAUACGGAACUCGAGGGUCAUCAAGGAGUACCUUAAGCGCAAAGCGGAGAAGAGGUUGGCAGCCAUCGAUGUGAGCAAAUAUGAGUUUACUGGCGAAGACCGCGAGCUGGACAACCUCGUCGCCAAGCACAUCGAGCAAGAACGCGACCGUGUCCAGCGCAACAUCGACCGCCGCGAAGCCCGCGAAAACCUCAAGAAGCGCGUCACUGGUGGUGCUGCAGGCUCGCCGUCGGAGUCUGCUGCCGGUAGUCCCGGCCCGUCCGAGAACGAGUCUACCAUUACUGGUGCCGUCGGCACCAGCGCGAACGGCACGCCACAGAAAGGCCGCCGUGGGCAGAAGGACGGUACAGCACGCAAGUGUGCCAACUGCGGACAAGUCGGUCAUAUCAAGACCAACAGAAAGCUGUGUCCGAUGCUCAACGGUACGAUGAAGACGGAGGACGCGAAUCCGAGUGGUGACAGCUCUUUUGGUGCGGUGCCUGCUCCGCUCACAUUAUAGGCCUUAUGCUUUAUCAUCCUUCUGCAUACGGUCACUUCUCCCAGUAACUUCCGAUGGCAAUUGACCUGCGGCUGAGUUGUCAAGGACCGCUACGAUUGCGAGCUCAUAUUUUUUGAUGAGCGUGGCGCACCUGGUCUCGCGGGCCAUACGGUACUGUCGCUAAGUUCUGUAAUUAAGGCUGUUGGUCGACGUAGCUUGGGAAUGGAGAGCUGCGGCCAAAGCUCAGCUGGAUAUGAGACAGCAAACCCAACAUCCAUC